AUGUAUUCUCUUGUGCAGUAUCCGGUGCAGUUGUUGUUCGAACAACUGGGGAGCUUUGAAGCUGUGGAUCGCUGGUGCGAGGUUGCGCGCGCUGCCAUAACUGAGAGGCAGAAACAGACGCGGAACUUGGAAGUGGCGAUCGCGAUGAAAAAAUAUUGCGGCACAUGCCAUGGCCACCCUUCGCGGUCGACCUUCAAAUACAACGCUGCGUACAACCCCAUAGGCACAACGUUCAUUGCCUUCCCUUCGCUUGAGUCUGUCGACGUCGAAAUACUUAUAGUCGCGCUUUACAUCAAACAUCCAACAGGUCUCAUACUCCCGCUUUCUCAAACAUUUCUUAGUCCUAACAGGAAUGAGUCGAAGCAAUCAUCUCUAUCGUCCUUUUCUCCACAUAAUGAUCCUGUCGCAUCGAUUCAAUACGUGCUACAUACUUCGAGUGUUCAAGCUGAAAGUUCAUUUGUUCAAGAGGCCAAUGCUUUCAGGAGUCAUCAAUGCUGUCCAGUCGACCAUGAAGGGAGAACCGUCGCUAUAAACGACAUCAAGGCUGCUGGUAUAGCCCACGUUCUAAGGGUUGAUCAAGGUUCUGCUCGGAGUGCUCACCCAGGUGCUGGUCCUUUAGCAUUUCCAAUCACACCUUCCUCAUCUCUGGACUAUGAUGUCGAUCCUUCUGCCCUUCCCAGAUCCAGAAAAGUCAAAAAUAAGGACAUCUUGGAUACAUUGAUUUGGAAAGCAGGAGACCAUGAAUGGCGAACGAUUCAGUAUGGCGUUGCGGAAGUCAUUGAGGGUGGUCUGGAGCCAUGUUGGGUUCUUGCCAGUAGUCUCAGGGAAAAGGGUUACAAGUUCUUAUCGCAGAAGACUAAUCCUACAACUUGA